AUGGCGGACAUCCUGUUGACCAGUAUGGAUGUGUCCAAUGGGCACCUCAACAGCUCCCCUCAGGAAGGAAUGUCAGGUGUGGAGAGAGGAGCGCUGCAGACUUGGCUCCAAAAAACGUACAUUCUCCAGCGCCGGGACCUAAAUUGUGACCCACCACACAGCAUCUCGAAGCUGAAAGAAGACUGGCCGUAUCUCUUCUCCCUGCAUGGCCUCUUCCAGCACUUCACCGAGCUGACGGGAGUCCCCAUCCGAGAGAAGAUGGCAGCCGCCAUAAACGACAAGCAGCACAAAAUGUUGGAGUACUUUGCACAGCAGAAGACGCCAAGUGUAGAGAAGGCUGUACAAAAAUACAGAAGUGGCAACCAGUCAAUUUGCCUGGUCAUGUGCCUGCUGGCCCACUUUAAGGAGCAGGAUGAUGGUAUCUUCCUCAUAGUUGAUCCCUCUGCCACAACUGCGGACAUUCACACAUCAUCAAUCGCCUCAUGCACACCUCAAUUAAUCGUACCAGGUGAACUUCUACAUGCUGACACGUGGUACAUGUCCAUCGAAGGUGUGUGUGUGAUGGGGCCCCAUAGCAGCCUGCUGCAUGGCUUAAUUGCUAUGUUUGCGGCAUAUUAUGUCUUUAACCUGCAGUAUCCUGCAGAAGCAGCAGCCACCCUAGAAUUCAUCCAGAGAGCCUUUUGUGGCAUUAACACCCAGACAGGCAGCAAGACCGGGCAACGACGGGGCUGA